AUGUACGGAACAAAGAAAAUAACCCUCGACAGGAAAACAAACUUUUCCACAUUCAUAACGAUCAGACCGCAGAGGAUGACGCGGAAGAAGAAACCGACGGACGCUGCGAGGAAAACUUCGGAGCUGGACUUUCACUUCGAAAACAUAAAGUUUAUUCUAAUGUACUCCAACGCGACACCGAUCCGAUCUCGCAUUGGAUCCAAGUAUGCAUGCGGUUAUUGCACCAAUCAGUACGCGACACCGGCUGAGUUGAAAGAUCACACGCUGUACAUGCACGUUACGGACAAGCCGGAAUGUUUACGCAUUUUGUCACUGUCGAAAUACGUCGUGUAUUUGGACGUCACUAAUUUAGAGUGCAUGUUGUGUGAUGCUAGGUUAAAGAAAUUGGAGGACUUGAUGCACCAUUUGAAGAACGAUCACGAUGAACCGUUCCACAUGGAUAUCAAGAACCAUAUAAUACCUUUUGAUUUUUCUACGAGUAAAAUGCAGUGUGUCGAUUGCUGUAAACAGUUCGAUGUGUUUGAGGACCUCCAGGAGCACAUGAACUCCCACUACAAGAACUACUCGUGUGAACUAUGCGAUGACGCGUGGUUCGUGAAUAGGAGACAAAUAAUAACACUGGAUCUGUUUCUAGGUCCCCGUUCUCCCGGUAUACGUACGAAACCGAAGAUAGCAUACAUAGAAAUAUCUGCGGAGCCCCUCACGUCCCAAGAACACCAAUUCGUGGAAUUAAAGAGAGAGCAAUCCCCAGAAAUACAGAUCUUGCUGAGGAAGAAGAACGAACUGGACCUCCACCUUGACAACCUGAGGGUGAUUCUGACAAACUCGAACGCGACUACAAUACGCUGCCGCGGUAGUAUCGGCUACGUGUGCUGCUUUUGCGACGAGCAGUACCCCGAUCCAGCAGAUUUGAAACAGCACACGCUUGACACGCACAACGACGUCUUCGAAUCGAGCUUCAUGAAGAGUCAAGCGAUGCCGACUCUACUUAUCAAACUGGACAUAACGAAUCUGCACUGCAAAAUCUGCAGCAAAGAGGUCUGGGAACUUGAGGACCUAUUGGAACACCUAAAAGAUGACCACGGAAUUCCCCAUCACAGCAAUAUCAACAGCCACAUUGUACCGUUUAGAUUCGACAGCCAGACGUUGCGCUGCGUUGUCUGCAAACACAUCUUUAACAACUUCAAGGUGCUGCUCGAGCAUAUGAACAUGCACUUUAGAAACUAUGUCUGUGACGUUUGCGAUGCCGGCUUUGUUAAUAAGAGGAUCUCGCAGAUGCACGGUUAUCGGCACAAGACCGGUGUCUACCAUUGUUCCUACUGCGGGAAAGAGUUUAACAACAGAGUGAAGCAAAGGGCUCACGAAAGGGCGGUCCACGUGUGUCUGAACAAGAGAAGCAAAUGCGGGUAUUGCGGAGAGAGAUUCUCAGAUUAUACCAAGAAGCAAGAACAUGAGGUCAAGGAACAUGGAGCGAAACCACUUGUUCUACAUUGUUACGCGUGCGAAAAGACUUUUGAUAACCAACGCACUCUGUCGCUUCACAUCAAGAAUUUCCAUUUGAUGGAGCGUUAG